AUGAACACAAACUGGAGCCAGUGGAGCGGCUGGUCUCAUUGCACCAAACUGUGCGGAGCUUGCGGUAAACAAAUACGUAUAAGGACAUGUUUAAAUAUGACAAGCGUUUGCAAUUCAACAACGGAGAAAAGAGUCUGCAACAGGCAGCCAUGCUUUCAUCCACAUACGCAGAUGUGUUGCACUGGCUAUAAAUUAGGAGCAGUAAAUGGAAAUUUUUCUUGCAUCAGUCAUCUUGAAGCAUUCAAUUAA